AUAACAGGUGGAUAAGAAAGGCUCUCCUUCUUCUUCCCUCUUCUCCUAUGUUAUCUGCUCAAAUCUUCUCCAUCUGAAACCCCUCUCUCUUUCUCACACUUUAAGAAGCUAAACCCGUAAGCCAUGUCCGUCGCCGGUCGGAUUUCUUCAAUUACGACCACCAUCACACCUCAAUCUCACUCCUCUUGCUCUCCUGCCGCAAUCCUCCCCCUCCGCCUUCACAAAACCCGAACUAACCAUGCCUCUCUCCGCUGCUCCAACUCCUCCUUCUUCAACCCUAUCCGUAUAACCCCUAUCAUAACCACCAAAUCCCUCAGCCGCAGACCUUCCUCCAUCCAAAUGAGCAUGGAGGCCGGAGUCGGGUUAAUGGGUACCAAAUUGGGCAUGAUGACGUACUUCGAAUCCACCGGCAAGGUGGUUCCGGUCACCGUAAUAGGUUUCAGAGAAGGAAACCUUGUGACUCAAGUGAAAACCGAGGAUACAGAUGGGUACAAUGCGGUUCAAGUCGGGUACAGAAGGGUCCGAGAUAAGAAACUCACAAAACCCGAGAUGGGUCAUCUGGAAAAAUCAGGAAUAAUUCCAUUGAGGCAUCUUCAAGAAUUUAGGUUACAAUCCGUUGAUGGGUUCGAGCCCAAUCAGAAAUUGGUGUUGGAAGAAUUGUUCAAAGAAGGUGAUUUGGUUGAUGUUUCUGGCACCACCAUUGGCAAAGGGUUUCAAGGUGGUAUCAAGAGGUAUAACUUCAAAAGAGGUCCAAUGUCUCAUGGAUCAAAGAGUCAUAGGGCUCUUGGAUCAAUCGGAGCAGGAACAACACCAGGGCGUGUGUAUCCAGGGAAGAAGAUGCCUGGAAGAAUGGGAGGGACAAAAACAAAGAUCAGAAAACUCAAAGUUGUCAAGAUUGAUACUGAGCUUAGAGUUGUGAUGAUCAAAGGGGCUGUUCCUGGUAAACCUGGAAACCUCAUCAGAAUAACUCCAGCCAAGAUUGUUGGAAAGAAUAUUCCCAAGAGUUAGUUAGUGUCUUUGCUUCUUUCGUGGUUUAUAUCUUCUUUUUUGGAUUAUUGUUUGUUGUCUAUUAAGCUAUUUCCAUGUCAUUUUUCUUCAAAUUUUGUAAUGUGAAUCAUGAUUCUGAUGAAUGGGUAUCCAAAAAACUCUAUGACUA